UGUACGUUGUGUAAAGACGCACUCGGUGAAGCUCAUUAUUUUUGAGGAUUUUGGGGCUCCCAGGCCCUUCAUCAGCCACCAGCAUGUCAUCACCCAGUGCAGGAAAGCGUCGAAUGGACACUGAUGUCAUCAAACUUAUUGAGAAGAAGCAUGAGGUAACCAUGCUAAAUGGCCUUAACGAAUUUUGUGUCAAGUUUUAUGGUCCAAAAGGCACUCCAUAUGAAGGGGGUGUCUGGAAAGUCCGUGUCCACCUGCCUGAACACUACCCUUUUAAAUCUCCAAGCAUUGGCUUCAUGAAUAAAGUUUACCAUCCAAACAUAGAUGAAGUAUCAGGCACUGUUUGUCUGGAUGUCAUAAACCAGGCUUGGACGGCUCUGUAUGAUCUGUCAAACAUUUUUGAAAGUUUCCUACCACAGCUGCUAACCUACCCUAACCCGAUUGACCCUCUCAAUGGUGACGCUGCAGCUAUGUAUCUCCACAAACCCGAAGAGUACAAGAAGAAAGUAUCAGAUUACGUGAAACGAUACGCAACGGAAGAGGCGCUAAAGGAACAAGAGGCAGCCCAAGCCGACUCCUCAGACUCAGAGUCCUCCAUGUCAGACUUUUCUGAAGAUGAAGCACAAGACAUGGAGCUCUAACCAUCCCAUUCGACACCCCCACCCCCAUGCCCCUAAUUAUCAUCGUCUCUUUUUCAUCUCACCCCUCCUUCCUCCCUCCUUCCUCCUCUCUUGCCCCCUUUUCCCAUUCUAAUAACAUCUCCAUCUUUCCUGGCUAUCAUUUCUUGUCUUCUCUCUUUAUCCUCCCUCUCCAAAAUCAUUGUCCUCUCUUUCUCGCUAUUCACUCCUUAUUCACUCCUCUACCCCUUCACUCCCCCAAUCCCCCCCCUCCUCCUCUCACCUCGUGCUCCAGGCUCACUGCCAGCUGCUCAUCCAAUCUCUCGCAGUUGUUCUCUAUGGUGCCGCCAGCCCCUCAAAACCCGAGAGGAAAUGAAAAGGCUGUGUCUCAUCUGUUUGAGGGUAUAGUAUCUAUGCUUUCAUGUAAAAAGAUAAAAAAGUUCAGGUUAAAGGAAGUGUGUAAUAAGCAGUGAGAUGAGGAAAGAAGGUAAAGAGAAAUAUUUAGAAUAUUAUAUAUAAGAGAGAGAUUGAAAGAGGGGAAAAAAAGGAAAGGAGAAAUGAACAUAUAUUUAAAUGGUUACUGUAGCUUUUGUAUAUAUACUGUCUUUACUAAUGUACAUAGUCAAGCCUCUCCUCUAACUUUUUGAUAAUGAACUUCAUUAUGGUUACAAUGAAAGUGAGAAGUUGUUUUUAAAGAGGAAUUUUGUUAUCACAUCAAUGAAAACAGAUGAGAUAGCCUACAGUCAUAGAGAGCAUGAAUAGGUUUCAUUUGUUCUUCCAUGAAACAUUCGUUCUGUGUUCAAAAUUAAAGUGGGAAAGGCAAAUAAAGACUUUGAAUUUUUUUUUAUUAAAGUGAGAUUCUAAUUUCUGUAGUUGGAAAAUUUCAAGAUGUGGUUUGUUUAAAAUGAUGUAAUGGAACAUUUACUUAUUUGGCCUUUUUUUUUUUUCAGUUAAAUUUGUUCUUUGUUUUGUACUGGUUGUAUUGAAAAGGAAACAACUCAUUUGAUCCAUUGGUUUUCCAGAUCAUUGUGUCAGAUGGAAAACCUGACAGGGACUAUUAUUUUACAUUUUUUUGGCAAGUGAAAUGGAGAAGUCUUGUUAUGAUUUGAGUAUCAUGUUCUCUCUGCGAGGAACACCAUUGAAGUAACAUUAUCCACAAGUCCUUUCUGGUGAACUCUAAGCACAGUAAAUAUGUACAUGUGAUUUCCUGGCAGUUUUUAAUGGUACUGUUUUCCUACUUAGAAUCUAGUUAAUGAUCAAAUGAAUAUUGAUAAAAAAGAUCAUGAUAAUUAAAAAAUAGGUGAAUUUAUUACCUGUUGUAAGUAAUAAGAUUAGUAGCUGGCAUUGCAAGUGAGAUCUGGAGCUUCACAAUCGUUCACAGAGAUUAUAAGUGUAAACACUGACUCCUUCAUGGACAAAUGAAGGAAUAGUUUUUUAUACAGGAGAUUUUUUUUCCCCUAGUGCCGCUGAUUUGUUCCCCUGCGUGUAUUCCCGACUUGGCUCCCCAUUAUGUGGAUUUUAUUGUUGACUAGUUGAAGAGUCUAGAGUGUUGAGAUGUAGUACAAGGGUAGUGAGAACUGAAGGUGAGCCUCAAGAAUCACAUCUGAAACCCACAAUGGCACUCAGCACUUGUAUCUCUUAUCAUUUUUGAAUAUCACAUGUUAUCUCUCUCUAUAUAUACAUAUUGGAUAAGUCAAUUAUUAUAACCUUUUUUGUGCAUGGGUUUGUGUGCUUUAUCAAACGUAUGUGCAGAGUAAAACUUUUAAAGAGUAAGCAAUAUUAAAAUGCAGUUAACUAACAGUUAAAGGAGUUGAUAUUCAGUAGAUAACAAGUGAAUAAUACCAGUAGUCCAGUCUUACUAAGUCAUAAAAUAUCCCCUGAUCUAAGAUACUAACACAUCAGAUUAUAUAUAAUAGAAAUCACUAAUGUUAUACACUUUGCAACCAUUUUGAUAUAUUGCAUGAAGUAAGAAAUAUUUUUUUCCCUUCUUAAAAAAACACCUUGUAUUAGUUUGACUUUUUCUCUUUUUGUUUGUCCUGCCAUCCUUAAUGGCUUGAGAAUCAUCAGACAUUCUUUAUUUACACUUAUUUACGUGAAGAACAUGCUUUGAGUUAAAGGAGCUGACUUGAAAUGCACAAGCGAACGGCCAAGGAAGAGGAACAUCAGCGGCCAAGUUAUGUACAAUAUUAUACAUAAUGUUGAGUGUGACUGUCUUUGUUUUAUCUAUUAUCAUGACAUGGUUUAAUGUGUCUGUAUUUGUUUUAGUGCUAACUUAGGAAUAACUGGAUGACUCAUUAUGCACCUCAUUCACUCAUUACAUUGCAUUUGUCAUUAAUUUUCAAAAGGAGUCAGGACAUAGGAGCUGUGAGUAAGAGACUUUUUGGGAAGUUUGUAACCUUUUUUUUUUUUUUUUU